UUGUGUGUCUGCUUCUCUAGUUACUGGAGAGACGUCAGGAACAUCCCAUUGUAUCUUUUUUUUUUCUUAUCAAUUAAACAGCGACACCACUGUACUUAGGCGAGUUUUUAUCUUCCAAGAUCGAGCUUGUCUUCGAAGCGUGAUCUUCGGUGAAGUCAGGAUAGCACGCUUUUGUCGUUAAGAUUUCGGCAGUCUUGCUUCGAAGAGGCCGAGUAGAAACCAAAACCGAUUUUUGACGAAUCAGUAGCAAGCUCCAGGGGUCUUCGGGCGUUCUUGACAGAUAAAUAGAAGUAAUAUGGCGGCCCUCGAAGAUAUCAAAUGCAUUGUCUUCAGAAAUGCAGGUGAAUCUUGCCACUGUAUGGAGAAUCUUCCCAUGCAACCUGCAAAGCAGGAAUCAUUGGUGUCUGAAGCAGCCGCACCAGUCCUUCCCCAGGUGUGGCAGAAUGUUAGUUUCAGGAACCAGGAAUUGUGGAAUGAUGAAAACACAGAGGCAUUCCUGAAGAUGGUGAAGGAAAAAUUUCCAGACCUAACUGGGAAGGAAAUUACCAGGAGGAAAGUUUGGCAGGAGAUUCAUAGAAGAAUGUUGCCUGUGAUGCCAUCAGUCUCUGAGGUGCAGCUGAAAAACAAGCUGAGUAACCUCAGGCAAAGCUUCAGAGCUUACCGCAAUGCCAUGGCUGAAUCAAGCAAUGCCACUGUAUAUCAAGCUCCAUAUUUCAAACUCCUCUGCUCCAUUUAUGGUGAGAGACCACUAGACAGGACACAUUCUGUGUCCUGUGGCCUUCCACCUUGAACACGGGAGCAGCAGGCUGAUGCUUCUGGAGAGGCAGCACAAGAAACUGAAGACAAGGGAGCACCUGAGAAGCUGGCUUCACAGCCAACCAAGAGGAGGAAACUGAGGCCUCUCUCUUACUCAGAGAGGAUGGAGGUCCUACACAGGGAUCUGUUGAGCAAGAUGGAAACUCAUGGAGAGAGAAUUAUAAGGAAUCAGGAAAAGGCCAUAGAAAUUUACCAAUGUGUUGAAACUGAAAGCCUAUUUGUGGCUUGAGAACAAAAUGAACUCUAAAUAUUUAAAAAAAAAAAAUUUAGUUUUGAGUAGAAUUAUUUUUGUUUAACUGAUUUGUUUCCCUUUCUUCUUAGUUUCUUUCAUCAGUAUUACUGUCUUCAUUCAUUAAGUUGACUAUUAAUAUUAAUGUGUAUAUAUUUUGUAUUUUUAUAUUAUAGACAUUAAGAAGCAUAGCAUUAAGUAUAAACACUUUUCCACUCAGUCUCUUUCAUUCAAUCAGGAAAAGGCCAUAGGAGUUUACCAAUAUGUUGAAAUUGAAAGCCUAUUUGUUGUGGCUUGAGAACAAAAUGAACUAAAAAAUAUUUAAUGUAAAGUAGAAUAA